AUGUAUAGAUCAACAUUAGUAGUUUUGUUGGUAACUUUAGUUUUGGGUUCAGCUAUUGCUGAUGCUCGUCGUACUGGAUUCCGUAUCCACACCGAUCUUCGUAGAAAUCACUUAAUCGAGAAGGCAAAGGAAGAGUCAUACCUCUUAGGUCACCAUGGUGCUGAAAACGUUCAAUACCAAUGGUUUACUCAAAGAGUAGAUCACUUCAAUCAAGCCAAUCAACAAACUUUCCAACAAAGAUACAUUGUCAAUGAUGCCUACUGGAACGGAAAUGGUCCAGUUUUCUUCAUGCUUAACGGUGAAGGUCCAAUGUCUCUCGGUACUGUAACUGGAUUGCAAUUUGUCAACUGGGCUCAAGAAUUCGGAGCACUCAUUGUCACUUUGGAACACAGAUAUUUCGGUGCAAGUUUCACCACUGAAGACUUGUCAACAGACAACCUCCAAUACUUGUCAUCACAACAAGCUCUCGCUGACAAUGCUGCCUUCCGUCAAUUCAUCGCCGAAACUCUCAACGUUCCAGCUUCAUCACAAUGGGUUUCCUUUGGUGGUUCAUACAGUGGUGCCCUCACCUCAUGGUUCAGAAUCAAAUAUCCAGCUCUCGUUGAUUACACUGUUGCUUCAUCUGCCCCAGUCAAUGCCGAAGUCAAUUUCUACCAAUAUUUGGAAGUUGUUCAAAACUCUUUGCUUGCUACUUCAAAUGGUCAACAAUGUAUCGAUAACAUUGCUGCUGCCACUGGUAAGAUUCAAGCUAUGUUGGAGUCAGCCGAUGGAUUAGCAUCAGUCUCCAAUAUGUUCAACCUUUGUCCACCACUCGCCUCUCAAAACGAUGUUGCCAACUUUAUGCAAUCACUUGCCGGUAACUUUAUGGGUGUUGUCCAAUAUAAUCUCGAAGCCUCUGGACCAUCAACUCAAAAUUUGUGUGAUAUGAUGACUGCUAAAGGUGAUCCAUUGACCAACUACAUCUCAGUAUGGAAUGCUUUCAGCGGUGACGAAUGUUUGGAUGUCAGCUACGACACUGUGAUCGAAGAGAUGCUUAACAUUACCAACGAUGCCACCACUAUCGGUGGUAGAAUGUGGUUCUACAUGACCUGCACAGAGUUUGGAUACUUCCAAAGCUCAGACUCACCAAACCAACCAUUCGGUAAUCUCUUCCCAAUUGGAUUCUCCACUCAACAAUGUAACGAUGUUUUCGGAUUCGAUUUCCUUCCAAACACCAACUGGACUCACACCGACUACGGAGCUCUCAGCCCAGUUGCCACCAACAUCCUCUACGUCAACGGUGACAUCGAUCCAUGGCACUCACUUGGAAUUACCACCAACCCACCAACCUCCCCAACCCCUUCACUCUUGAUUCACGGUACUGCCCAUUGCGCCGACAUGAUGAUUCCAAACCAAUACUCACCAUCCACCUUGGUACCAGCUCAACAAAUCAUCAAGUCAACCCUCCAAAAGUGGCUCCAAUAA